AAAGAGCUGCAGAUUUUUUUCCUCCUCACUCUAACUGACAUUUCAACUCCAGGACGGAUCCAAAGGUAAAGAUAGAUUAUUAUCGGGACAUUUACGUUUGGGUCUCCGUGGUGAAAACACUGCACACCCGGAAGGAAACGGCGACGUUACGCACAAAGGAUACGUGCAUCAUUUCGGACGUUGAUAAGGGAUAUCCCUUCUGUCUUCGCCACUGAAGACCACUGGAAACUAAUUUUCCUCAUCAGAAGUUCCUAAGAGAGACUGAUUCGGCUCUGUGUGGGCUUUUUCUUUUUUUGUGCCUGGUCUGGAAAACUGGGCUGAGCCUAUAGUUUGCCAAGGACUUUGACACCGAAACAGGAUGCCUCAGAAAGAAUACCACAAUCAAGCCACGUGGGAGUCUGGCGUUGCCUCAAUGAUGCAGAACAAGGUGUUUGACAUCUGUGAUGAAGGUCACAGUGGCGUGAACCAGCUCGGCGGUGUGUUUGUUAAUGGGAGACCGCUGCCGGAUUCCACCAGGCAGAAAAUAGUUGAACUUGCUCACAGUGGCGCGCGACCCUGCGACAUCUCCAGGAUCCUGCAGACCGAUGAUGAAGUCCAAGUGCUGGACAGUGAAAAGGUAUCCAACGGCUGCGUGAGCAAGAUCCUGGGUAGAUACUACGAGACGGGCUCCAUAAGGCCGAGAGCGAUAGGAGGAAGCAAGCCCAGGGUCGCCACUCCGGAGGUAGUCGCCAAAAUCGCGCAGUAUAAACGAGAGUGUCCGAGUAUCUUCGCCUGGGAGAUCCGUGACAGACUUUUGUCGGAGGGGAUCUGCACCAACGACAAUAUACCCAGCGUGUCAUCGAUAAACAGAGUCCUCCGCAACCUGGCGAGUGAAAAGCAACAGAUGGGCGCAGAUGGCAUGUAUGACAAGCUGAGAAUGCUCAACGGUCAGACAGGAACUUGGGGGACCCGGCCAGGCUGGUACCCCGGAACAUCGGUGCCAGGGCAGCCCAACCAAGAUGGCUGUCAACAACAAGAUGGUGCAGGGGAGAACACCAACUCCAUCAGCUCAAACGGAGAGGAUUCAGAAGAGACACAGAUGCGCCUGCAACUCAAAAGGAAACUCCAGAGAAACCGCACGUCUUUUACGCAGGAACAGAUCGAAGCGCUCGAAAAGGAAUUUGAAAGAACUCACUACCCAGACGUUUUUGCGCGGGAGAGAUUAGCAGCCAAAAUCGACCUGCCCGAAGCAAGAAUACAAGUAUGGUUCUCAAACAGAAGAGCAAAGUGGAGGCGAGAGGAAAAACUGCGGAACCAGCGUCGCCAGGCCAACAAUUCUUCAAGUCACAUUCCCAUCAGCAGCAGCUUCAGCACUAGUGUGUACCAGGCUAUUCCUCAGCCCACCACACCCGUAUCUUUCACCUCGGGGUCAAUGCUGGGUAGACCUGACUCUGCACUCACAAAUACCUACAGUGCACUGCCUCCUAUGCCCAGCUUCACAAUGGCAAACAACCUACCUAUGCAACCCAGCCAGACCUCCUCUUAUUCCUGCAUGCUGCCUACCAGUCCACCAGUGAACGGUCGGAGCUACGAAACAUACACGCCCCCUCAUAUGCAGGCACAUAUGAACAGCCAAUCAAUGACCACUUCUGGUACCACCUCAACAGGGGUAUGGGCGCUGGGCUGA